AUGGACCGCGCGAAUCUCAUCGCAACACUCGCCGCAGCGAGACAAACCCCCAGACGACCUAUCGUAACCCUCGCAAACUGCGACAACGCAUGGCUCAUCUCUAUCCCCAGACCUGCAGGAGCGACCGGUAAAAAGGUCUUUUACCAUAUCUUGCAAGACCCUUGGCUCUUUGGCGUCAGCGACAUGCUCAUUAGCUACUUCUUGCGGCUGUCGCUCAAGGAAAAAUCGGUGCUAGAAACCAUCGAAUCCUGCGAAGAUUUAGUUCGAGAGAUUGAGGAGGCAGUCGGGGGCUCCAAGGAAGACGACGAGCACUGGCUCGAUGCGGUGACCGUCACCCAUACCAAUCCGGAUCACCUGCACCAACCGACGCUGCGAACCUUUGAUCCAUCACUCAAAGUCCUUGCCGUAGAAGACGCCGCCACCACGAUCUCUGCAAUGAAGCACUUUCACAACGUCCACGUUCUUCCGGACUUUGUACGUGGCCAGGCGUGGCCCGCUACGCCAGAGAUUCCCGAGUGGUUGUCCAUCUUCCGGCUUGAAGACGAGACAAAGAAGUACCCGAACCUUUACCAUGCCAUCGUCAUCAAAAUCGCAGCUGCGGAUGGAAAAGACGAAGUCAUUUUGUACAGCCCUCACGGAGUUGACCCCGGUAUCGUCGAAGCCGCCAUGGAGAUGAACCCCGACGCGAAGGUUAUUGCAAUGACGCACCCAAUCAACGAGGCUGGCGUUGGACUCAAGACCAAGGGGGUAGCUAAUGCUCUGAAAAUCCAGCGGAAGCAUUCACCAAAGUAUUGGAUCCAUUGCCAAGAAGGCAUACAGUAUACCGGGUUCUUGACCUGGUUCUUCGACUAUGGAGACAAGACUUUGGAAAUAGGCCUGGAGGAAGAGGCAAGGGAAACCGACGAGGAGCUUCCUAGACCCAACUACGUGACUAUCUCGAACGGCGCAGGGUUUGUUCUGGCAUAG